GGGAUGUGAGCAAAGACAACCGCGCGAUAGGUGGUGCAUCGCGUACUGAAAUUCCCGAUUUUGCAGGGCGAAGAACAAGCACGUAAGCGAGGGCGAGCUAUGCUCGGCGGGUGACUCUGGAAGAGGUUUUGGUUGCCGAUAGCUCGCUGCCUUCCUGGCGGGGGAGGAAAGGCAGCGUCACACGCAGAAAGGGUCGAACACAAGCUAGAGGGGAGAGAAGAGGAGGGAGCGAGCGUUUGCGCGGGCUGAGUGACGGCACUACUGGUAGGCACGAACACCCGCCGUGUCGUGUCUUGUCGUCGUCGACGUUCUCCAGGCUGAACCGAGUCCUACGUAUUUGACUGGCUUUGGAGGCGGCAGAUACUCUGGAUACGGAGCCGCCGCCCUCGACGUACAGGACCACCAACGCGUGCUCUCCCUCCUCGUGCGGCCAACCUUGCCGCGGUUGUUUCAGUCGCCUCUUGCCCCUCUCCCUCGUCUCUCUCUCGUCUCUUUCUUCGUGGCACCCGCUGCCGUUCACGUGCCCUUCCGCAUUUGUUCCUUCGCGGUGCGGUGCGGUGCCGCGCGGCGGGCACUUAAAUUGCCGAGCGAGCGUGGUGGCAUCGGUAAGAGGGAACGGAGCGGGGAAGGUCCGGUUUAGCCGGCACGCUCUCUCUCCCUCUCUUUCUCCCCUUCCUUUUGCCCUCUCGAAGGGGCGUCUCAGCUUUCUGCGCUGGACGUAGCCAGCGGCGGCGCGAACACGCUGAAGCUUUCCUCGUUCCUCGGCGGAAAGCCAGUUAACUGGUGCGUGCGCGCGCGCGCAGUGCGGCACUCCAAUCGCAGGUAAAUAGAAAGCGGCAGCGCGUUUGGUAAGUGGUUGUGGUUUGUUGUCGUAACCCGUUCAUCCAUCACUGGUUUGCACAUCUAGGAGACUCGGAGAUGGUGACGAUGAAGUCUGCCAUGUCGGCAAGGUUGCUGGUGGCCCUUUUCUUGGUGGUUGCGGCGGUACAGGGCGCCGAUGCGUUGCGGCAUGCGCUGGRGCAACAAGGUGUUGCGGCGAGAGAUUGUCCAGUGGAUUUCAGACAGGUGAACCUUAUGUCGGUAGAGGCGGCUUGUAACACUGAUGUGGCGGACGUGUCUCUUUGCUGUACGACUCUUUACCGGAUGGUCACGCCAUAUGCGGGGGUCUUGAACGCCAUUGACUCAUGCGCAGGAGCUUUCCUGGACGCGUUUGCCGCUAGCGGCUUGAGUAAUAACGACCAAGUUUUGCGCUGUUACGAGGAAAACGUAGCAGCGGCAGUCGCGGUGGAUACCGCUGCCCGAGUGUUGCAGGAAGAUUUGCCAGAAGUUUCCAAACCAAUGGGGCCUCCUAGCGCGCCAGCUGGUCCCGAAGAAGGACCCGAGACACCUCUACAGCAGGGUACCGCCAUGAAUAAGGGAACAAAGGCACUGGGCGCAGGGAACACGGCCCCGGCCCCGUCCUCGAACCCGAAUAGCGCACGUUCUCUCGGUGUUGGCUUUGGAUCUGUGAUUGCAGCGGUGGUGACUUGCAUGAUCGCCUCCGUCUUUAUUGUAACUUAGGCAAUGAACGAUAGAGAUAGAGAAGGGUGAGAUGGCAUGGCGGACAAGUGAGCGGAGAGAUCAAGGGAAUCGGGAAGGGAAAUCAAGGGCGUCGGGGUAGGAUGCGAUAAUGAAAGAAGGUUAGAAAUAGCACAUGUGAAGUGAAUUGGGGGAGAAGACAGGGGGUGAAGAGUGUGUAUGAGAGAGAGAGAGAGAGAGAGAGAGAGAGAGAGAGAGAGAGAGAGAGAGAGAGAGAGAGAGAUUGUACUUUUGUUCCGUAUCCUCUCCGUUUCUUGCCCUAUUCUGAGUGCUCACCCUCAUCCAUUCUUUGCGGGGUUCCUUUCUUCGCGCGUCUUAGUUUUCCCUUCUAUUCUUUUCUAUUCUAUUAGCACGCCUCAGUUGCGUUGUGGUGUUGUGGGUGGAUGGUACGGUUUGCUACGCUACAUAUUUAUCGUUGGAUCCUGCUGCUGCUGCUGCUGCUGGACAAGAUGAAAAAUUAAUUCUUUUGAACAGGAGACUUGCUUCAAGUUUCUGCCGCAAUAAGGGGCUCGCAGGGGUACGUACGUUCUCUUGCAUUCUUAGAAGAAUGCAAAUCACUCAUACAAGUUGAUAUUUACCAAAUUAUCAUCGUCGACGUCGUCGUCGUCAUCAUCAUCGUCAUCGUCGUCGUCGUCGUCUCUGUGAGGAAAUUAAACAAGGGAAGGAGAAGAACCUAUGUCAGUUACACGGUUGACCUUCUUCCGCGGAAGUGUUGCAUUUUGACAGUCUUUUUCUUUCUUUCUAUCUCUCUCUUUUCUUCCUAAAUUUCUUUCUCCCAUAUUUUUUUUUUCCUUUAAAACAUGUUCUCUCAUAUAUCUCCCUUUUCAUCAUAUCCCUAGUGCCACGGCUGUUGGCAUGCGCCUGAGUCUGCUGCAUGCGGCGUGGGAUGCCCUUUUUUGCUAAUGUCUAUGUUUCUUUGCGGCUGUUCUUUUUACUAAUUUAUUCCUCCAUUCCCCCCCCCCGAGAGGACGAGUGGAGAACAUGAUUUGUCUUUUCUAAUGUCUCAGAAUUUUGCGAAUUCUUUUUUGGAGUUGAUGUCGUGAUAAUGCAUAGUUUUUCUGCUACUCUCUUUUGUGCCAAGCUCAAAAUUCGGAGUAAGGGCCUCGCCUCACUAGUCGCCUAUGUGCAAAAUGAGCAUGAAUCGUCCGCUAGAACACGGAAAGUUACGUCGCCAUAUUGUUCUUGUGUCUUUUCUGUGCACGUCGCGAGUAUGGAAUGAGGGCCCUACACCAACCAAUAGCGGAUUAAGUCAGUUCUGCGAAGACUUGGUCACUUCUCACUCUUGUCUUGCCCAACUCUUGCGUCCUGUACGAGUGUCAAACAAAUGAGGUCAGUCGUCUUCAAUCUCGCCAACACGUAUCGUGUGUGAUUGUUAUCGAUGGCUUGACAUUUUCUCUCCCAGCGGAAGGUUUUCUUUUUUUUUCCCUAUUGUUUCUGGUAGCGCAAGAGAUGCGGAAGUGUGUUAGUGCGUGUUUCAAAUCUAACAAAAUAGUAAGAAGACGUACAAUGAAGAGCGGAGAACAUCGAGGGACUUGAGCAUAUCACAGAGUGAGGUAUAAGUGAGAAAGAGUCCACCAUACAGGUGAUACAGACCAACACGGAACCCCACGCACGUGACGGCAAAAGAAAAAGAGGGAGCACAGUGCACACCAAUCGUAGAAGAGAGCGAUGCAGUCGAGGUCGAAAAGAUUGAUUAAUCAUGGAGCACAACACGAGGUGUCAAGUCAAAAGAACAGACGCUACGACGCGACGUCUACGCUCUUCGUGAUGUGGAUGUCGGUUUCUGAAAGAUGAACUAUCAUCCACGCGAGGUGAGGGCGCGCAGAGGGGUGGUGGGGGGGGGAAGGGGACUGCUUGUGUUCGCCUUCGUGUUCUCUUCGUGGCAAGAGAUGAAAGACACAAGCCAUGCCUAAACGGCUUUCAGAAACACGCUCGAUAGAUCAGUGUGCGUACAAGCUCCGCAUGUCUCAGUUCUCAGGACGCUCACGUUCUCGCUGUCUUCGUUGGUAAUCCGUUGUGUGUUUAAUUUAUUAUUCAUGUAAUUUUCAUCAAGUUAAUUGCAGGUUUGUCGUAUCUAGAGUCUUUCUGCUGUGCUCUUUGUUUUUCUCUCUUUUUCAGAUGUUGUAAGGAUGUGAGGAUGUGAGCGGAGCUAACGAAGGCUGAACGUAGCUUAGAAGAGGGAUGCGGUGGGAUUAUUCAUUUCAUAAAUACCUUGGGUAAACCAUGAGUCGAGGUGAGCAUUGUUGAUGGCAUGCAACGAAUGUUCACUUAUGUCUUCGAGCCACGUUCAUGUUCUCGUUUUGACAAGAGAUGAAAGUGUCAAGCAAUUGCUGAAUCGCUUUCAGGACCUCGCUGGGAUAGGUUAGCGAGGGCAAGCUCUGCCUGUCUCAGUUCCCUGGAUGCUUACGUUCUCGCUCUCUUCGUGGGAAGAGGUUUGGAAUAGAUACCGAAGUGAAGUCGUGAGGAUGUGACCCCCGGGGCUGACUAAGGCUAAAUGUAGGUUAGGAGAGAGAUGCGGUGGGCAUAUCCGUUUCGUCGACCUCGGGUAAACCGUGAGUCGGGGUGAGCGUUGUUGGUAUAUAUACCCUGCGCAUUCCCUCAAAAAAAAGGUGACUAAGGCUAAAGAAGUGAGAAUGCUGACAUGAGUAAGGGAAAAAAAAGGUGAAAAACAUGAUUAGCAAAACCUCAAGGGUUUCUUCCGAGUUCAUCAAGUUGAAGAAGGCUGUUUGUUAAAACAGCUGGAGAUAUCAGAAGUGAGAAUGCUGACAUGAGAAACAGAAAAUCAGGUGAAGAACUACCCUGCGCAUUCCCCUGAGGAGCUGAACACGUAUAGGGUGUGUUUCGCCAGCGGACACUAUUGAGUAUGGUGGCAUCCCUGCGGCGUCAUCUACCUUAUAUCAUCGUCGUGUUGGCUCUACAUUGUAAACAAUUUGUACAGCCGUUGUGCUCAGGUUU